ACGCGACCAAUACGUUUCCUAGCUGCGCGCGCGCCGGUCGCGUCGUCACUGGCCGUUUUUGAAACCAAUGUGAAAAGAAGAAAAAAAAAAUGAAAACGAAAUCGCUCACGUUUUCAAAUUUGGAAGACGAGGCGGGGGAAGCCCUAGAUCGCAUGUUCAAGAAAAAAGAUUGUAUGAUCCUGGUGGAGCCUAGUGGUGCGAUCCUGCCAGCUGAGUUUAGGGAAAUUGGUGAGGACAUAUUGGGAGUGGAGGUCCGGGAGGAUGACGUGUGGAUGUGCUCGUAUCCUAGAACUGGUUCAACAUGGGCUCAAGAAAUGGUCUGGCUGGUUGGUCACGAUUUGGACUAUCAAGGCGCUAAAUCAAUACAACAAAUCCGAUGUCCGCUGGUGGAGCUAUCCUGCAUCUUGGUGGACGGCCACCUGGAGUGGGUCAACGAGUCCGUGAAGGGCACCUCUGUGGACCUGGUCAAACACCGGCUCCCCCACCCUCGUUAUGUUCGAAGUCAUCUGCCCUUCCCGCUGCUGCCCAAUGAUAUUGAGAGGGAGGAUGGCUCGUUGAAGGCUAAGGUCAUCUACACGUCGCGCAACCCCAAAGACAUGGUGGUGUCGUACUACCACUACUGCAGCCUGGUGCACGGCCUGACGAGCACCUUCGAAGAGUUCUGCGAACUGUUCAUGAAGGACCGAGCGCCCAUCGGGCCGGUCUGGAGCCAUAUUUUUGGUAUGGGAAUACUUUUAUAUUGCAUUGACAAAGACAAGAUUUUUCAGGCUUGUACCACCUUGUGAGUAUUUUAUCUUGUG